AUGUUCGUUUUCCCCGCGUUCGACUCGAACUACAAGACGCGCAAGCGCACGUUCAAGUGCUGUCAGAACUGCCGUGUGAAGAGAGUCAAGUGUCAGAUCACUUCCACCGACUACGAGUCCUUGGGAUGUGUGAAUUGCCGCAAGAACAAAUGGACUUGUUCGCUUGCGAAGCAGCAGGCCGUACAGAGCCAGACUCCGGACCAAAACCAAAACCAGCAAAUUCAGAUUCAGUCCACGAUUAAGAAUGAAUUGGGAAAUAUUGACGAAAUAAGCCAAAGUAACAAUACUACCAUUGAAAAUGGUACUGCUACUACCAAUAUGAAAACCAUUACUCCACAGUACCUUAAGCAGACUUUCAACUUCAAUGUACUGGGCAAUGAUCUGGGCUCGAACUAUCAAUAUCUUUUCCACGGUCAUCCUAAGGUAAUUAUUGCCAUGUCAGACGACCAGACCAUCUGGCAUGAGUCUGGAGUCUACGUGAAGACUACUAAAGAAAAUCAGAACACCAAGGAAGGCGUAGAAGGCAAAUCCUACAAGCUCAAGAACUUUGGGAGUGGUACUUUCAAGGAGUUCUACAUCCGUAACGAAAAUGUCUACAACUUCCUCUUGCUGAUAAAUGCGUUCACUUUAGAAUCUCCAGCAUACCCGUUUGAAAGCGACGAAGUACGUCAACUUAUAGAGUUGUACUUUUAUAAGUUGAACUCCAUCUUUCCUUUGGUUCAUGAAAAUGGCUUCUGGGACGAUUACCGCAACAACAAGGCACAAAAUGUUUUGAUCUACGUUGUGGUGCUAGCCAUUCUGAGGGAUAAAAUGGCAGAGUCAAUUCUUAAGAAGGUAUUUUUGCGUGGUACUCUCCAUCGGCACGGACAACAAUUCAAUGAAGAUCUCGUCUCAUUUAUGUCUGAAUUAGAAUACAAAAUCAGGCAAAUUUUGCUUAUACUUCCUCAGUUAGGAGACGAAGACAAGUUUUCACGUUUAGUGGUAUCGCUUGUUCUUUCGACCCAUUUCAACUAUGACAAGUUGGGAUGUGAAAACUCUUCCCACGAUCUCACAGAUGCAAUUAACUUGGCGACUUCUAUUGGUAUCCACAUGAAGAGACUUCUGUUGAAUGCUGAGCCUCUGAAAGUUGAGUAUUCUUCCAAUUUGUGGUGGUGCUGCUACAUCUUUGAUCGCUUCAACGGUCUCGUAAAUGCCCGUCCUGUCUUUAUUAGACAAGAGGAUUUCAAUGUCGAUCUUCCCUACAACAAUAUCAACUUGUUGAAGAUGGUACAGCUUGCACGUUCGCUUGAAAACAUGUUUUUUGCAAUCUUUCAGCCCUUCAACAACAACAACGUCAUAGGAACAAACAACUUGAACAAUAACAUGGUCAGAUACAAGAUGUUUGACACGGAUGAAUUCCAGCGAAUUGAAUUUGAGCUUUGCGAUAAGGAACGCUCUAGAAAUAGGGUUGCCUACGAUUCCAUGUAUCCGGUAGCUUCCAGAGUUGGUGAUAAUCCCUUCACCGACUACGUAGGAAAUACCAUUCAUUUCAUGACAAGAGUGGUGAACAAUGUCAUUAUCUUAGCUUCGCAGAAGGCCAAGUACGAUAACCCUCAGAUACCUAACCAUAUUCCAGAAGCUGUAGCACUUAGAGCCUCGCUGAAUAUUUUGUGGUAUCUUGUUCAGAUGAAGGACGAGUUUGUCAUCAAUAUUCCGAUGGUUCCAUGGUGCAUGUCUUUGGCCAUGGCUGUUGCUCUCAAGAAGAAGGCGAGAAUGUGUCUCAAGGAUGGUGAAUAUGAGGAAUAUAAAGUGUACCAAGAUCCGUUUGAAUUCAAAGACUACAUCAACGAGUUGGAAAAGUUCUCACUGACCUGGUGGGUGGUUGAUGAAAUCUGUAGAUUGACCAGAGAUUUCACCAACACGUUGGACUCCAAGUCUAAGAGUAGAAAACGUAGACAAAGGGCCAAGGCAGCAUCAGCGGCUGGAACUUCGAAGAAGAAGCAAAAGAUGGAGCUGAGAAGCGACUGGGUCAAACUGGCAUUGCCACAACCAGUCUCAAGUCCAGUUCCUAAAUCAGAUGCUAUUCCUUCUAUCAGAAAUAUGUUGCAACCACCUUCACAGACCCUGACGGAGUUAAAUGCCUAUGUAGCAAGCACCAAUGGAACUACACCCUACAUGCAAACAGACUCUUCCUUCAGUCCUAAUCUGAUGAAUCUGAGUGACGCCAACCAAUAUGACCAAUACUUCGAACUGAUGCAGAUCGACAUUUUCAACAACGACUUCUUCAAGGAUGUUCCCAAUGUCAUCAAUUUGUUGAAGUAA